AUGGCUGGUGUAGGCGCCGGGACGGGGGCGAUGAGCUCCCUCCUCGGCAAGCUCACCACCUUGCUCAGCGGCGAGUACACGCUGCUCAAGAGCGUGCGCAAGGAGGUCGCGUUCCUCGAGCGCGAACUCCGCAGCAUGCAUGCUCUGCUGGAGACACUGGCUGACAUGCAAAAGCUUGAGCCCAUGGAGAAGGACUGGAAAGGCAAGCUGCGCGAGCUCACCUACGAUAUAGAAAACUGCAUCGACCGCUUCAUUGACCGCCUUGGCAAUGGCGAUGUUAAGCGCGGGUUCGUGAAGAGGACGGUGGUCCGGCUCAAGACCCUGUGGAAGCGCCAUGAUAUCGCAACCGAGAUCCAAGAACUCAAGGCCCGCGUCAUGGAGGAGAGCAAGCGGCGUGAUAGAUACACGCUUGACAAUCGCAAACCAAGAAAGCCCGUCGUCGAACUAGACCCCCGGCUAACCACUAUGUAUGAGGAGGUCAAGGGUUUGGUGGCGAUUGAUGGCCCACUGAAUCAGGUUAUCGCUUGGUUGACGGAGGAGAGCAAUGAGCGCAAAGUGGUAUCCAUCGUCGGAUGUGCAGGGCUGGGGAAGACGACCCUUGCUAUGGAAGCCUAUCGCAAGAUUGGGGGAAACUUUCAGUACCGAGCUUGCGUAUCGGUGUCGUGUACCCUUGAUCUGGAGAAGCUCUUGAAGGAUAUCCUCUCUCAGAUCGGCAAAAAGGAGUUUGCAGAAUGUCAAUCGCAGAACUGGGAGAAGGAACAAGUGAUCCGAAAAAUCUCAGAGAUCUUGACAGGAAAGAGGUACUUAAUUGUUAUUGAUGAUGUAUGGAGAGAACAAGACUGGAAAUUUAUCAAGGCUUCCUUUCCUGGGAAUGAUAACGGUAGCAGAAUAAUUACUACUACCCGAAUUACCAAUGUUGCCAAGUCAUGUUGUUGUAAUUCUGGUGACCAGCUAUAUCAAAUGGCACAUCUGAGUAGUAUUGAUUCUGAAAGACUGUUUUUUAAGAGAAUUUUCGGCCUGGGCAAUGCAUGCCCUCCUCAUCUGAAGACGGUUUCAGCUAAAUUGUUAAAAAAAUGCAGUGGACUGCCAUUGGCUAUAAUUACAAUUGCAAGUUUGCUAGCCAAUAAACCACGAAUCAAGGAUGAAUGGGAGAGACUGCAAGAUUCCAUUGGCAUCGACUCUUCACAAAAUGAUGAUAGUUUAAAAUCUAUGAGAGAUAUAUUGUUACUUAGUUAUUGGGAUCUUCCACAGCACUUGAAGACUUGCUUAUUGUACUUGUGUAUAUAUCCGGAGGAUCACCAUAUUGAGUGCGAAGAACUAAAAUGGAAGUGGAUAGCUGAAGGAUUCAUUGAUACACGGUGGGGAAAUUUGGGUCAAGAAGCAGAGAACUAUCUUAAUGAACUUGUCAAUAGAAGUAUGCUCCAACUGGUUGAUAUGAACUAUGACAGCUCUAUACAGUGUUGCCAGGUUCAUGAUAUGGUGCUUCAACUUAUAAUAUCUCUGUCGGAUGAAGAGAAUUUCGCCACAGUUUUGAAUGGGCGUGUCUGCAAUUCUUUGCCAAGCAAGAUCCGCCGACUCUCUAUUCACUCUAAUGUCCAACAACAAAAAGUAGCAGUUGAUGCCAUCGGAAGAAGUGAGUUGCAUGCUCGCUCACUGCAUGUGUUCGGGAAAUUUAAGCAGAUACCCCUAGUGGUUAACUUCCUUUCUUUGCGGGUGUUGGAUCUACGUGAAGGUUCUUGUAUCUGGUUCGGAAAAAAGCAAAUACAGAAUAUAGGAAGUUUAUCUCAGCUGAGGUAUUUAAGACUUCACAGUUCAGAAAUCACAGAGCUUCCUGAAGAAAUCGGGAUGCUACAGUACUUGGAGACUCUUGAUUUGCGGCGUUGUUAUUCACUCACAGUGCUGCCAUCAACUGUGGUUAGGCUGCGGAAGCUGGUACACCUGUUCGUCCAUGACAGACUUAUGUUGCACGCAGAUGUGUUUGGAAGAAUGCAUGCCUUGGAGGAAGUAUCAGCUAUCAGCUAUGUUGACAACCCAGUGAAAUUUGCAGAACAACUUCGGAAUCUAAUAAACCUGAGAAGAAUCUAUAUGCCUUGUUCUGUUGCUCUUCUCCAGGCCAAAAAUGGUGAUUAUGCAGAAGCACUUGUGAGAAUUCUGGUGUCUUCUCUAAAUGAGUUGGGCGAACACAACCUUCAACAUCUUCAUAUUACUGGAAGUGUAGGAGAAAAUCUGUUCAGGGAUCCUGCUUGUACCUUUCCGCACCUCCAAGAUGUUGAAAUAUCUACACUUAUUCACCGGGUUCCCAAGGGAAUGGCUUCCCUGAACAGCGUAGUCAAACUAGUCAUAAAAGUCAGACAAUUUGAUGAGAAGGACCUGCAUCUCCUUAUGCGGAUGCCUUGUCUGACUCACCUUGGGCUAACCCUAUACCAUCGGAUUGGAGUCAGGGAAAAGCUCACCGUUGGUGGCGACGGGUUUAAGCUUCUAAAGGUGCUCCACUAUGAAAUUGUGCUAAGCUCUGGAACAGGGAUAUCAUUUGCACAAGGUGCUCUGCCAGCACUCCGACGUCUCCAUCUUUCCUGGACUGCAAGCCGAGUUAUGUCCAGGAAAUGUGAUGGUGCUGACCUUGGCAUCGAACAUCUCUCAGGCCUUGUACACCUCCAUGUCGAAACUAACUGUCGUUUUGCAACUCUGGGCGAAGUGGAGGCGGUGGAGGCUGCAGUUCAAAAAGCCGUCGCCUUGCAUCCCAACCUCCACGCUCUUCAAGUUGACGUUUAUAAGACAUCAACUGAAAACAUCAUUAAGGGUGACAAGGAGAGAAGCGAGGAGAGCGGCGAGGACAUGACUGACGAGGAGUACGGGAAUAGCGAGAUUGAUGUCAGUGACUCGCCACCGCCAACUAGCUCCUGUUUGCUGGUAAUGAACUCAAAGUCUGCUUUUUUACUUCUACAAGUAAACAGAUACCAUGAUGGCUACGUUUUACGUUGGGCUGAUUCAGUUGUAUCUAUUAUUGUUGAAUGGCAACAGGACCAGGUAAGGGGAGUGAGGGCGAUGAACUGGAGGAAAUACCUUAGCAUCAGGACUAUCACUAUAAAGCUUAUGCUAAUAUAA